GGAAAGCUUUCUUAAAGGGCUCGCUGUCUCCUCCGAGGGCUGGUCCUUUCAUGAUUUCUCCACCCUCGCCCGCCGCGGGUGGCGCGACCCUGGGCCGUCCUGCUCCGCCAGCUGUCGAGGUGCAGAUUCCCGGUCAGGCCUGGUGGGGUGAGACCUCUCUCAGGUCUCGAAGCCUGUGGCCAUCACAGGGACCGUGCAGUCACCUGGAACGGUGACCGUGAGCACACUGCCUGGCACGUAGUAGGCGGUCAGCUUCCCCUUAUAAAAUGAACUCAUUGCGAGAAUGAAUGAGUGGGACUGACAGACAGGAGAAGGGAAGGUGGGCUCAGCGUGACCGCCCCCUCCCCGGGGGACUCUGCUUCUGUUCCUGUGGAGACGGGGUGCCAGGCGCAGGACGCCCCGAAGGAAGCCCUUCACCGUGGGGCCCUGUAGGGUGGGGAGCGCGGGUAUAGAGGACCCAGGAGGGCGUCUAGGCCGGGCCCCCUAGGCGGGUCAGAGCCGGUUCCGGGCCAGGCGAGACCGCGGCGGCGGCGCCGAGUCAGGGCGAGGAGGCCCAGGGCGCACCGGACGCUUGCGCGCCCGCGUACCCCUUGGGGUGGGGCGGCGGAGGCGCGGCGCCUUUAAGUCCAGGCGCCGGCCCCGCGGCCCCGCCCCCGGAGGACGCCUCGGCGCGCGACCGCCGGAGCCGCCGUUUAAUUGGGGCUGUCAGGCCGCGGCGCGCGCGGAGGGCCGGGCGGGACGGAGGCCGGGAGGCCGGGGCGGAGGGCGCGCAGCGAGGCGGGAGGCGGGCGCCGGGAGACGCGGCUGGGGCCCGCGCGGCCGGGGCGCCGUCCCUGGGCAGGGCUGCCCGGCCCCGGCCCCGGGCCACCCGCGCUCCCCAUGAAAAACCAAGUCCGCGGCACCCCAGCGCGGGCGCACAUGUCGACCUCGGGGACGGCGGCGGCUGGGGGCACCGGGGCGGGGUCGGAGCCCGGCGCGGGAUCCGGGACGGGCGCGGCGACGGGCGCGGGGACCAUGCCGUGCAAGAGCGCCGAGUGGCUCCAGGAGGAGCUGGAGGCGCGCGGCGGCGCGUCCCUGCUGCUGCUCGACUGCCGGCCGCACGAGCUCUUCGAGUCGUCGCACAUCGAGACGGCCAUCAACCUGGCCAUCCCCGGCCUCAUGCUGCGCCGCCUGCGCAAGGGCAACCUGCCCAUCCGCUCCAUCAUCCCGAACCACGCGGACAAGGAGCGCUUCGCCACGCGCUGCAAGGCGGCCACCGUGCUGCUCUACGACGAGGCCACGGCCGAGUGGCAGCCGGAGCCCGGCGCGCCCGCCUCCGUGCUCGGCCUGCUCCUGCAGAAGCUGCGCGACGACGGCUGCCAGGCCUACUACCUCCAAGGUGGUUUCAACAAGUUCCAGACGGAGUACUCGGAGCACUGCGAGACCAACGUGGACAGCUCGUCCUCGCCCAGCAGCUCGCCGCCCACCUCCGUGCUGGGCCUGGGCGGCCUGCGCAUCAGCUCUGACUGCUCCGACGGGGAGUCGGACCGGGAGCUGCCCAGCAGCGCCACCGAGUCGGACGGCAGUCCUGUGCCGUCCAGCCAGCCGGCCUUCCCCGUCCAGAUCCUGCCCUACCUCUACCUCGGCUGCGCCAAGGACUCCACCAACCUGGACGUGCUCGGCAAGUACGGCAUCAAGUACAUCCUCAACGUCACGCCCAACCUGCCCAACGCCUUCGAGCACGGCGGCGAGUUCACCUACAAGCAGAUCCCCAUCUCCGACCACUGGAGCCAGAACCUGUCCCAGUUCUUCCCCGAGGCCAUCAGCUUCAUCGACGAGGCGCGCUCCAAGAAGUGCGGCGUCCUGGUGCACUGCCUGGCGGGCAUCAGCCGGUCGGUGACGGUCACUGUGGCCUACCUGAUGCAGAAGAUGAACCUGUCACUCAACGACGCCUACGACUUCGUCAAGAGGAAAAAGUCCAACAUCUCACCCAACUUCAACUUCAUGGGGCAGCUGCUGGACUUCGAGCGGACGCUGGGGCUGAGCAGCCCGUGCGACAACCACACGCCCAGCGAGCAGCUCUACUUCUCCACGCCCACCAACCACAACCUGUUCCCCCUCAACACCCUGGAGUCCACGUGAGGCCGGGCCCCGUGGGCAGGGUCCCGGCCUCCCCAGGGAGCCCGAGGAACCCGGACAUCGCCUGUGCCCGGAGGCCAGGCCGACGGGUGCUGAGCGCUCACCGUCCGGGGGACGGAGCCCAGCAGCGCUCCCCGCGCAGGACUCGAGGGGCCCUGCCUCAGACUCAGGGCUGCGGAGCGGACGGCCUCGUCCUGUCCUCACCCUGUCCGCAGGACACCUCCUGCGAAUGGCCCAGCCAGGUGGGCGGUUUUUAAAGACACCACGGACUGAGUUCACUUUUUACUUUGGCAGGUAAACCCAAGCCCCGGGGCACCGUGAGGCCACGUCUUCUUGACUUUCCUUUUUUAACAAAAAGUGUUAUUUUCAGGCCACAUGCAGCAGUGGACGUAUAAACCAGUAUUUCAUCCCUUUCUUGGUCCUGCGAGAGAGAGAAGUGUUCUGUUUUGUUUUCCUUUCUAUUUCCAAAUGCCGUUACUGGGUUUUUGUUUGCUUUUUUUUUUAAUGGAAAAGACGAACCCCAUGUUGAUCUUGACCAAAUGCAUUUUGCACAUGUGUGAAGCCUGUUCCUGCAGCGGGCCCUUCUUGAAGGGGGACCCCGCCGCGCCCAUGCCCCCCAACCCGGCCCCGCCCCUGUGGCCCUGCGCUGGUCUGGUGAGGCUGCGGGUGCGAUGGGCUGGGCCAGUGGUCUCUGCAUUCUCUGCCCUCCCUCUCCUCCCUCAGGCGGUCCCGCAGGCUAACCACGACGGGAGCCGGAGGCCGGUGGAGGGGGGGAGGGGGGAUGGGGCCACGGGACACAUGCAGUAGCAUUAGCCCUCUGGGCUCGGCCCCUGGGAGGGCCUGGGCCCGGGCCUUUCUGCAAACCCUCUACUUCUGUCUCUUUGUUUGUUGGUAACAGUGGAGGCCCGGUGGCUGGGGGAAGCUCGGGUGGUGGGGGCCCCGCCCUGCCUCCCAGGUGUCUGUCCGUCACUCUGGCUAUUGCUUUGGGUCCGCUGCCACUCCCAGCCCCUUGGUCCAGUGAGGCCUGCCCAGCGCUCGUCUUGCCCAUGCCUUCUGCAACCGGGAACCUCGUACCCAUCCCAUUUCCGUCCCGGGCAGGCGCAGAGGGGCGAGGGUGGGUGGGCAGUGAAAGGGGUGCAAGGCUCUGUCCUCCGGCCCCACCCCCAGUAUCCACAGAACAAAGCCACGGAUUCCGUUAGCCUCUCCAGUUUUGUUCCUUCUCCAGCCUCAGUUCUACCGGGUGUCGGGACCGGGUGGGGCCAGGGCGGGGAGUGGGUGGCCGUGUCCCUGAGCGGGGCUGUGGCCCCUCUGCCCCACUGCAUCUUACCUCUCGGGGGUUGUUUUCAGGGAUUCUUCAAGGCAGCGGAUUCAAAUCUUGCCACAGUCGAGAAAUUGACAAAAAGCUUCCAUGCUGUACAUGGUUCUCUUUCUCUCUCUUUUUUACUUUUAAAGAGAAAAACCCAGAAAGAUGCAUCAGAUUUGUGUAAAUGAGAGUAUGCCAAGAGGGGCCAGUUUUGCUUUAUGACCUUAUGAAGGAAAAUUUGUGACCCUACAUAUAUGUACACACACACACACAUCCCGAGCCAGCGACGGGACUUUGUUUAUAUUGCAAAUAAAUAUUAUUUUUUCUUUAAAAUGAA